AUGGCUACUGAGGACUUGUACGGCAUGGAGUCCGGGGCUACGAAAAAGAAGAAGAACAAGCGCCGCCAUCGUCGUCCCAAGCCUAAUCCGAGACUCCCAACUGACUUCCUUGCCCUUUUGUGCUGGGAUUCUUGGCUCCCGUGGCCGAUUGAUUCCAAGAAAACCCACAUUGACAAGACAUCGCGCAAGCACAAGAGGUCUAGGAAGAAAACAUCCCACUCAGGCACCUCACAUCGUGUGCAAUCUUGGAUUCGGGAGGUGUCUGCUCAAGUGACGCCCUCCGCGCCCCCGAUACCUCCAACUAUGCCAUCUCCAGCACCAUCAACUCCCCUUUUACAUCCAGUUUCGACAUCCUCCGGGCCUCAGCAAGGAACCCAGGCUGAAGAGGCUGCUUCGAAUAACGGGCGAACCAAAGAUAACAGUUCACGCAACUGA